AUGACAGACGCACAGGGUUUUGCACAAGCUGAGCAACUAGAGUCCAAUGCCCCUUCCCUUCAGAGCUGUCAAACUGACGCCCGCCAAAGUGACAGAGAGGCAAUCGAACUUGAGCAAGGAGAUGCAGAAGGAAUCCCGUCAAGACGGAGGAGGCCGUCACCAAGCGACGCUGAAGACAGAGAGGUUCCGAAAGCAGAGAGGACACCAGCGGCAGUGCCAGGCGUAAAGCCCCGUCCAAAGAGGCGGCGGUUGGUUGAGACACCAGGUGCAGGAUUAAAAGGUGCAACAAAACUGAGCACUGAAACCCUCAGAAGGCAUGUUGCCGAGUUUGCUCGCGAGCACCUUCCGCUCUUGGGCGAUUUGGUAUGCCCACGCCUGGAAGUUCUGUUUCCCGCGACAGGGGCCCUCAUGCAGACCCAAAACGGGACAACCGAGAAUUCAGAGUCGCUCCCCAAGGAAUUUCGCGAAACAGAGUACAGGCUCAAGCGCGCAGAGCUGCAAGUUCUGAGGGGCGUUACGUCCUUUCUGCUGGACAUGGCAGUGGACAGUCUUGGUCCCACACUGGCGGAACUUGACAGCAACACCCCCACAGCCCCCAGUGGCAGCUACAGCAAUAAGGCGCCCGAGACACUCUCAACUGCUCAGUCCCCCUUGCUUGCUUUUUCCGUCAAUGAAAGUUCCAGACAUACAAUUACAGAAGCCCCGGCAGCAGCGCAACGUGAUGAACAGGUACAAUCCUCGCAAUGCGGGAUGCAGAAGCGGCACGAAGACGACGACGGGCUCUCCUUGUUGAAACUGCUACAGUAUUCUCCUUCCCCCCGCACUAGCUGGUCUCACGGUGUUUUCUUCAAGUACGCGUACGUUGACCUUGACUUUGAAUGUCUUGCCACGUUUCGGAUUUGCCUCUGCCACCACCCCUUGUUCAUAUUCUACAAAGAACAUGAGAAGGGGCUGCAUGUCUUACAUGUCGAUGGGGUUUUCAAUGCCGCAGCAGAUAGUGCCCAGGAGAAAACGGAGCUCUGGAGAGAACGGCUUUCUUACACUUAUGUGUGCGACCCUGCCGUUCCUUUUGAACGACAGCAGCAGCACCACCAGCGACAGCAACAGCAACAACGCAGCCGUCGCCACGAACAAAAUCUAGAAACUCUGGAGGCGCCCGAGCCUGCAGGCAUAAGAUUAAAUAUUUCCUUUUUGGGGCCCCGCAGAGGAGGGAAUCAGGCAGAGGUCAGGGACGGACCUGCAACGGGGAGAGGAGGCAGCAGCGAGGGUCCGAUUCACCUUCAACUUCCUGCCGGGUCUACGGCUGGAGGCAGGGAGCUAACUGUAGCAGCUCCCUCAAUGCCUCGAGACGGAGACAUACGAUUGUGCUCGGCUAAAGCUAGCCUCUGCCGUGGAGUUGCACAGCAACCUCGGGAGGAGGAAACGGCAUCGGCUCUUCUGCCACACGUAGGACCACAGAUGACAGGGUUCGAUUUGUUUUGCCUGGAGAUGUGGUCUGUCUUGUCUCUGUGUCGAGAUCAAGUAUGUCCGCCUACCCUUCCUCAGUACCUUGGAGCGCUUAGGCGACUCUGGCUCGAGGCGCUCACGCAGCAACAGCGAGAUAUAUAUAAUAACAUCAUCACGCCAAAAUAUAUUGCUCGGCGGCUGAAAGCACCUGACUUAACGUUUGAGGCUCUUCCACCAUGGUGGCAGCAACAGCAGCAACCUCAGAGCCGCAGGCGGCCUAAAGGGACAGGCGUGGCCUCGCCAAGUGUAGAAAGAAACCUGCCGGCGAGUUCACACGAACAUAUCUAG